CCUUUAAAUCACCUCAGUUCAUUGCUCCAACAGUUAGGUAUAGCCAAGUUGGUGGGAACAUAUCAAAUUGCGAACAUAUCACGUUGCGAACAUAUCACGUUACUUACUACGAAAUCAUGAAGAAAGGGUAAGUGCUGUUGUCAUGAAGUUUUAUUUAUUUGCCUCAAUCACAAUUACAUUUGUAUGAGUAAUACCAAUACACACACAUGUGUAUAUGUGUAUAAUGAGGUUCUUAAUUGUGUGCAAUUUGUGGCACAGUGUGACAGACUUAAGAUUAAUGUGUGUAUGUUUUCCAUAAAAACACUUCAAUCUAUAAGGAUGAUUAUUGUGGUUUGAGGCCCCUGUUACAGUCAUAACCUAAUUUAUGUGUUUCUCAAUAGUGAGACAACAAUUGUCAAUUUACUUUAUUGUGCUUACAGGUUUUGUACGUUUUCCUCAUUUGGAAGGGUUUGUAUAACCUCAAUAUUUCACUAUUUGGAGCAGUACAACAUAGUUGGCUAUUUUUUUUAUUGGUCAUAUGCAUAAUGUAAUUUACACUGUGCCUUACAUUAUGAACAAAACAUGUAAUAUAUUGACAUCUCGUUUUCACAUAAAAGGCACGGCAAACUUCUAAAGGUGUGGAAGAAAUUGCAGGAGCUGUGGCUAAAUUCACAGAACCUGGAGCCAGUGUCACUGACUACAGUGUUCACACUGAAGCAGGGUUCUGGGAAAAUGUUAGCAAGCAGUUGCAAGUGCCCAACACCUUUAAGAACAGGAUGAAAAUGGCUAGAAUUGCUACUAGUUAUGCAAAGGAAAUUGUAGAACAUCAAAAUGUAUAAUAUUCGUAAUAGUUUGGCAUUAACUUGUAUUCAUCAUCUAUACUUGUCCACUCGUUUAUAGGAACAUUCAAUGGUCACAAAUGUCUUGGUGGGGAGCAUUAAUGAAACCGAGAAGACCCCUUCAGAGGAUGCCACACGCAUCACGGCCACUGAUGCGACUCCACAGUCAGGACUUAACCCGGCUGAGGACUCUAAUACUGAAUCCAAAUCCUCACCCUGUGGUGACGAGAGUCUGGAUGGGAAUGGGAACACCUCAGAUUUCUCUGCACCCAGCACUAUUGACCUGGACACCUUUCAGUACCCCUUGCCAGCACAACCAUGCUUUUUCGUCAUCAGUAAAAGUGACUGGCAACAGUUGAGACGCAUGCAGUCAGGCAGGCGCUUCCAUGGACUGCAGUGGACCAAUGUUGUAGCCAAAGGUCUCAAAUCAGUUAAUCCAUACUGCAGUUUUGGGUUCAAACACCACUGUGUGAAAACCCUCCUUUCAACGACAAAGGCACCUCUUUUCCGUUGUAUGGCCUAUUGUCGUUUUGAGGCUUGCCCUGUUAAGGCAGCUGUGACAGUCACUGAUAGCAGCUUGAAAGCCGUGGUGGUGUUUUCAGGGGGUAAUGUGUGCCACAACACCCUGGAGACAAAAAGCAGGCCAGUCCGUGCUGAUUCCAGAAAGACAACCGCAAGCAUACUGCAAACAAAGCACCCCCGGAGCGUAUACUUGGAGUCUAUGCUCAGUUUGCCACCACCUGUAGUACAAUCAGGAUGUAGGGAUGAUGCAGUGAGCACAGGUGUGUUGAAGAAUAUAUCAUGGACUGAGCGACAGAAGGAAAGGCCACAUUCUGAUGAAGUGACAAGUCUCCAGACAAUUAUUGAUAACCUGAAAGGCACUGAUACAGAGGUCCUGCAGAAAGUGAUGCUGCAUCCCAAGGGAAUAAUGUUGUGGUCGAAGAAAACGCUCUCUGUGUUUUACAAAAGAUGCAAAGAGGAUAUAGUGUACUUGGACGCAACAGGCAACAUCGUUAAGAAAAAAAGCAAGCAAAGUCCACCCUACUAUGUUUACGAGCUGGUGGUGAGAAACCCAUCCAAGGGUUCAUCCCCACUGCCAGUAGCCACAUAUGUUACAUGUGACCACACCACCGCAUCGGUCACAUAUUUUCUGCAGGCCUUUCAGACUGACCUGGUGAGACUCUAUGGACAUGGGGCAAACAAGAGACCUGUCAUGAUUAUCUGUGAUGGCUCCCUUGUCCUACUCCAUUCCAUCUCCAUUACCUUUUGCCACACUGCGCUAGAGGAUCUGUUGACUAAAUAUUAUCAGCUGAUCACUGGUCAAUAUUCCAAAACACAAUUUGACCUGCCAAUCCUCCAUCGAUGUUUAAGUCACAUCAUGAGGAAUGCCAAGGACCUGUGCAAAAAGCAGAUUCCUGCACACUACAAGCUUGGGAUGCACAUCUUUGGCCUAUUGGCAUGUUCAUCCACUUUAGAACAGAUGGACCAGGUUCUUCUCAGUGCUACUGCUCUGUUCAACAGUCCCUGUUCUGGACCAAAUGUUGAAAAGAACUAUGAUAACCUCAUAGGACUGAUGCAAGAAAUUGGCACAAUUGAUCUUGACAGAACCAUCACUCCAGAAAACUACAAGCAUGCAGUGGGAAGUGCUCCAUUGAAGUCUCAUUUCCAAGAAAUUAUUCAGAGAGCACCUUUGGACCAUUGUGGGGUAUGCAAUAUUUACUACGCCCCAGGAUUCAUUCCCAGUUUGGAGAAAUAUUUUCUCCCACAUGCAACACUCUGGUCUGGAUUAAUGUUAGGAGAUUUGGGGCGCCACGGUACCGGUCCGGCUUACACGAAUCUCAGUAAGCGUUAUAACGAAGUCAGCCAGACCAGGAAACAGAACUUCACAAUGGCAAACAGGACACAAGGAAUCAUGGAAAAAAGCCAGUGGGACCUAAAGCAAAUUAGAUUCCAAAGGAAAUCUGUGAGCCGACUAGAUGACUUUGUGACUGUUUACCAAAAGAUGCAUGACGCCCUGCUCCUGGAAUAUGCAGACACCGAGCUAUCCAGAAAGAGAUCCCAUAGAGUGGAGGUUGAAAGGUGGAAGAAAGGCAGAGUGGGGCGCAAAGGUGUCUAUGUCUCACCAUUGGCAACAACUUUGCCAUUCAAGAAGCCAGAACCUGAGAACCGUACAUUGACACAGAAGAAAGCACAGGAACAGCCAACAGCUGCACCGACAUCUGGAGAAACACACAGAGCAACAGCAGAGUCUGAGCUUACUACAUUGUGGAGGAGACAAAAGACGGAAGUGGUUGUCUCUGUCAUUCCCUCUCAGAUUAGAGGGAACAACCUCAUUAUCCACCACAGUGAACUUUGUCCCCUUGUACCUCAUCAGUGGCUCACAGGAGAGAUCAUCGAGUGCCUCUUGCAUCUUACUGCCAAUCAACAUAAUUUGUCAGACACAAUCUACAUCAUGAACCACUACACGGCUGGAGUGAUUGUGCAUGACAAGAGAGAAUUGUUCCGGAGGCAAAGCUUGGCAAAAAUAAAUUUUGAGAACUACAAAGCCAUUGCAUCCUGUGUUAACUACAACAAUACACACUGGAAGUUUCUGUAUAUUAAUGCAGCUGAAAGUACUGUCUACUUGCUCGAUCCUGUGCAAUCUACGACAGAGCUGGCAGAGUCUGAUCAUGCAGCAAAGAAAUUUCGGGAGUAUCUUAACAUGAGGAGGACCUGCCACAACAGGACAGACUGGGUGGACAUUAAAUUUAGGGGGGGAACCAUGACACACCCAUGUCAGCAGGAUGGAAACAGUUGUGGUGUAAUUACCAUCAUGAUGGCACGGUCGAUAAUGCAAAAAUUCCCAGACCCGCCAAAUAUUGUGUUCCAAACAACAGUGGUGGAGAUGGCACAGGAACGAAAAAAACUGGCUCUUGCACUACUUCAGGCUUCAGUGUUCGACAAGACUAACGACUGUGCUAUGUGUGCCACAACAUUAAGUACUGGACCUUCCCACACUGACUGGAUACAAUGUGAUGAAUGCAGCCGGUGGUUCCAUGUCCAGUGCGUGCCAAUGGAUACAGCAGAGUAUGAAGAUGCAAAGGCCAAGGAGUGGAAAUGCUGUUUGUGUGCACAGGACAUGGAAACAUCUUUCCUUUAACCCAUCCUGUCAGUGUAGUCUCAUUUACAGGAUUAUUCUUAUUUUAAUCUCUGAAAGUAAAAUGUCAGUGAUGUUUUUAUAUUUUUUAUACGCCUAACACUGCAUAUGUCAAUACUUGUUUGAAAAUUACUGCUUUCACUUAGUCACUCUGUAUUUUUGUUUCCCAGACAGGUGUUCCUGAUCUGCGGUUACUUUUCACAUAUUCUCUGCUCUCAACCAGCCAAGGCAGAUGACUGUCCAUUGUUAGUCAGGUUCUGCCAGAGGUUUAUUCCUGUUGAGUUGGUAGUUCUGUUGCUUUGUUACGUUAUUUUUUUUUCUUUCUUCUUUAUUUUUCAAGUCCCCCCUCAUAUGUAAAUGUAAAGGCAAGGCAUCCCCGGUAAGUAUGUAUUUAUGCACGGAACUGGUGCGCACGCAAUCCCGCACACACAUCAACAAACUGAAGAAAACACACGUAGGUUCACAUAGAACGCACGCAACAUGCAGCUCACAGCCAGAAAACAUUCAUGCACACAACCCAAAGCGCUUUUCUGCGCAGGUAAAAAAAAGGAGUUGCUGCUUUAAUUAAUACAACCAUUAACUGACCCAGAAGCCCGAUUUUGAAUCAUUAAUAUAUCAGUUACAAUAAGGACUAUUGCAUACCUAGUGUCUAUAGCCCACAUGUUGACGACUCUUCCUUCUUUCAGAUUUUCACCUCACUCUCUGUCCCCUCUGUGCCUCCCUGCACUCUGGCUAUGGGGGCCCCUGUGGGGUCUUGCUGGCUGGCCCUAGCCUGGGUGGCGGAUGUGAUUUCCCCGAUGGGCGUUUGUUAUCUAUCUGCUACCGUACGAGUGUUCAUCAUUACUUGACCGUGAUGAUGAAACUCCAGAAAUGUUUUUGCCUUAUGCUGGUUCUUGGGUUUUGCUCCCCCUUCUAUAAUCCUCCUCCUACCCCCCCCCCCCCCC